GCUCCCUCCGCUUCCCCAAUCUCCCAAAUCCUGUGUGUGCACUGCCAAAGAGCUCUCAGAUUUCCAAAAGGAAGGAGCGAGGGAGGCGAGCAGCUGCAGGCAGGCGAUGCAUCGGGACUGAUUCUCCUUGCAUAUUUUCUCCGGGCUCCCUUGCAGGCCGGUGCGCCACCCGCCCGGCCUAGGCUCCGCGCGCAGUUUGCCGAAGGGAAGGCAGGCAGAGGCGAGCCAGAGCCUAUGCUGGGCCCGGCUUGAGCCCCCUCCUCUGCUGCCUUGCCCGCCCGCCCAUGCACUGCUCCUGCUUCCAGGUGCUGGUGGCGGCGCUGGCCCUGGUGGCUGGCUUGCAGCUGCUGUACUUGGCCCUGCUGUCGGGCUUGCACGGGCAAGAUCAGCGCUCCCGCUAUGCCGAGCUCUUCCAAGGGCGCCAGUCCCUGCCCAGCGACGGGCACAAGGAGCGGCUCAAGCAGGUGCUGGCCAGCGGGGGGGCCCUGGACGCCAGCCAGCAGUACCGCAUCUACUGGGACAUGCUCCGCGGCUCUUGGGACGGCGGCGGGGGCCGGCGAGACGUGGUGCUGGUCACCCACACCAGCCUCGGCAACUUGCACCACACCCAGCAGCUGGUAGAGCGCUGGGGGGGCCCCGUCUCGGUGGCCCUCUUUGCCCCGGGCUUGGCCGAGGUCCGCCUGGCCACGGUGAUGGUCUACGCCCUGGCCGCCCUCUGCAUGCCCGUCCGCCAGCUGGUCCGCCUCCACCUGGUGUGCCACGCCGACCAAGUGGCCACCUUCCCGGAGCUGCAGGACCAGGGCGAGUUUGCCCGCCUGCAGGCCUGCGGGGACGUCUUUGCCAAGCUGGCACAGGUUGGGGCCGGGCGGCGGAAUUACGCCAUGGACGUGGCCAACGCCUCCUACCCCAACAACCUGCUGCGGAACGUGGCGCGGAGGGUGGUUGGCGGGCACUGGAUGCUGGUGGUGGACAUGGACAUGGUGCCCAGCGAGGGGCUGCGGGAGGAUUUCCUGGCCUUCUCCAGAGCCGCCGACGAAGGGACGCCGGGGGUCUUUGUCGUGCCGGCUUUUGAGAUCCGCCAUACGCGCCGCAUCCCUGGCACCAAGACGGAGCUGCUGCAGCUGUACCAAGUGGGCGAGAUCCGGCCGUUCUAUGAGGAGCUGUGCGCGCGAUGCCAGGCACCCACCAACUACUCCCAUUGGCUGAAUCUCCCCGUGGGCGGCCCCCUGCGCGUGACCUACGAGGUGCAGUGGAGGGACCCCUGGGAGCCCUUCUACAUCGGUGCGAGUUCCGUGCCCCCCUACGACGAGCGUUUCAAGCAGUAUGGCUUCAACCGCAUCAGUCAGGCCUGUGAACUCCACGUGGCUGGGUACCGUUUCUCAGUGCUCAGCAAUGCCUUUCUGGUGCACAAGGGCUUCAAGGUGGCCGGCGAGUUCCACGCGCAAAAGGACUCUGAGAAUCAGCGCAACAAGCUGCUCUUUCGGCAGUUCAAGCAGGAACUCAAGACUAGAUAUCCCAGCUCCCCACGGCGGUGCUGACUUCGUGCUUGUGUCCAAGGAGGCACCACUGGGCUUGUUCUAGACUGUGGAGGACUCUAGCAUUGCACACUGCCUCGACAAAGAUGCCCAACUCAGGGUGUGGAUGCUCACCGUCUCUCUUGUAGUAUCCAGAGAAUUACUCCUGUGCCAAUUGGAGGGAGAGGGAGGGAGCGUUGUAGCUAGCCUGUCUAUUCUCUCCAAAUCCCUUUGUUGCUGCUAAAAAUACUUGUGCUUCAUUUAUGGAAGUCUGUGUAUGCACACACCCACACACCCUGACCCCUCCACCUGUGAGCACCUUGGUUUCUGUCAGAUAGGAGGAGACCCCCGUUGAAUUUUUUUGUAGAGCUUGUUUAGAGAUUAUUCACCCUGACUUCACAUCACCAGGAGUAAAUGAAAGGUUCAGGCUUGUUGAAAGAGAAUCAAGGACCAUAGACAAGACUAGGGACUUCUGGUUCACUCCCCAGUUAGUUCACUUCUGGGAUAGUAGCAGGGAUGAGGGGAUGAUGGCCGUAGCUCAAUGGCAGAGCAUCUGCUUUGCAUGCAGAAGGUCCCCGGUUCAGUCCCUGAAGCAUCUGGUAGGGCUGGGAAAGACUCCUUCCUGAAACCUUGGAUAGCCACUCUCAGUCAGGAUAGACAAUACUGAGCUAGGUGGACAAAUGGUCUGACUCAGUAUAAAACAGCUACCUGUGUCCCAGUGAUGUCGCCUCUGGUGGAUUUUUUCACAGUCUUAUACAGAGAAGAAGGGUGGCCUGUGAAAUUAUCCAAGGUAGUCAGCAUAAGGGUGUGUGCUAACCCAUCCUGAACUUUUUCGUUUCUUGGUUAUGAACCCUGUGAUCAUUUCUGGUUCUUGAUUGUGUGAAUAGCCUUCAGCCCAUUUCCACUUGCUCAGCUCUUAAUGUUUACAGACAUUUGAUGCUUCUUUUCCAUGAGCCAGUGUCACCCUACCCAACAUUAAGAGGCACCUUUCUUCCUGUGAAAUAAUGUUGUAUGAUUAAUUCAGGGAUAUGGGAUGGGGAGAAGAGGUCUUUGGGGUUUGGUGCUAAGCUCUGGGAACUGAGGUCUAGUUGUCUGAAUUGAGAAACAAAACCACAAGCAAGGAUUCUUGGGUUGUGCCCCGACUUUGCUUCCCAACUUCCUUUUCUGUAUCCUGAUGUCCCUCCUGGGGCGUAAUUUAUUCCCACGCUUCAAAAGUACAAUCCGUAAAUGAAUUAAACUGAACCACUUGGAUUUAAA